AUGAGAAUGUUAUUCGUUAUUGAAGACAAUACAGAUGUGGUGGAACUCCCCGAGGAAUUCGGGGAUCUUUCCUUCCGGAAGAUCACGAUAGAACGAACUGCAAUGAAUAAUGUGCACCCAUCAGCCAUACUCCCUUCGAAGCACUUGCUCACGGAACUCUUCAUUCUCGAUAGUCGCCUGGAUGACUUUCCCUUUGAUAUUCUUCAUGAAUUCCAAUUUUUGAAACAACUACAUCUCAGCAACAAUUUGUUGGCCUUAGUCCCGGCCUUCAAGAGCGACAACUUGGAGAGACUCCGUCUCGAUAAUAACAAAAUCACUAUUGCAGAAUUGGACGGAUGGGAAACUCCCAAAUUGCGCGAACUCUACCUCGAACGAAAUUUGUUGACCACUGUCCGGGCUUUCAAGAGCGACAACCUAGAGAUACUCUACCUAUAUAACAAUGAGAUCACGAGUGUGGAGGCAGACGGAUGGGCGACUCCUAAUUUGAGGGAAUUCGACAUCGAUAACAAUCCCUUGAUGAAGUUCCCGUCUACAAUAAUUAAGUGCAUGAAGAAGCUGGAGGAGUUCUACUGUUCAAGGUGCAAUUUGGGUCCCACCCUUUCGGGCGGUCUCCUGGAAUUCCAGAGCAGCGCGUUGAAACUGGUACACCUUUCAGAGAACAACGUCACCAGCCUGGAGCCAGGAGCCAUCAUUGGCCUCGGAAGUAAUACGAGGGUUGAUCUGAGUGAAAAUAAGAUCGCUGUAUUGUCCGAGGAGAGCUUUCGCCCGAUGCUGGACAUCCUCUAUUUGGGGGAUGGUGUCAUAGAUCUGAGUGGAAAUCCCAUCCUGUGUGAUUGUGAAGUAGCAUGGCUACUUCUCGGUCGGAAAUUUCAAAGGAAAAUUCCUGGAAAGUGCCAUAAUGGAACGGAAUUCAAAGACUUAGAUUCAAAUUCCAUGAGAGACUGCCCUCGAGAAUGCCGGUACCGGUGCAUUAAGAGCCUCUGGUUGUCUCUCUGCACGCCGGGGACAGUCACUGUAUCCCAUGUAGGUAACUGCCAAUCCGGGGAACUCUGCUGCCAGCCAAAUGUCCCCAAAACCACAACAGUAACACCUGCACCAGUUCCAGCUGUCUCAAUUGUAUGCGGGAGAAAGGAAUAUCAAGUUACGUUAUCAACAGGAGGAAAGCCAUCAGACAUGGGAGAGUGGCCUUGGCAAGUGGCUAUUUACGAUGCCCAGAAGGAAGAUGUUAUUUGUGGAGGGGCACUCAUUCAGGAACAAUGGGUUCUGACAGCGGCCCAUUGUGUCGUUAUGGCUGGUUCCUUCAAAGCUCGGGACGCUGUAGACAUUUCGGUUUACCUUGGGAAACACUAUCGAGCUAAUGUCAAGGACGAUGAAUACGUGCAGAUCAGACGAGUGUCGCACAUAAUUCUGCAAAAGGACUUCAAAAUUGAUUACUAUGACUCGGAUAUAGCUCUAUUGAAAUUAACUGAGCCUGCCCUGCUGACUGCACGAGUUCAGUUGGUAUGUCUCCCGACCCGACUUGAUAUCUCUGAAGAAAAUCUCGAGAACGGAAUGCAAGGAUGGUUCCUGUGGCAUGAUUUCUUUUUCAAUUCUACAAUGAUGCAGGUGGCUGGUUGGGGUCAUGACGGCUCCGAUAUCCUCACAACUGUCCUGACGGAGGUUCAACUCCCGGUAUUAUCUAAUCGCUUAUGUCGUCAGGACACCAUUAACCUGACGGGGAACCUCACCGCUGUUCGUACCCUCACUUCAAAUAUGUUCUGCGCUGGUCAUUCUAUGGGCACUCCUCUUAAAGAUUAUCGAACUGUGUGUCCCGGGAAUGAGGGAAGUCCUAUGGUCUUCCUCUCCAAUGUCUCACUGGACAGCUACUGGACGGUGGAAGGAAUCGUUAGUCACAUCUUUCAGAGGAGAGGACAGACGUGUUCUAUGAGGCGUCCUGGGCAGUAUGCCGUUUUCACCAAGGUUAACAGGGGACUUGAAUCCAUGAUGAGGAAUCGAGCCACUCAUUUUGUGUCAGGUCUUUGA